AAACUACAGUCUUAUAUAUAUUUGUGUUUUGAAAUUUGUAGGUCCACAGGAAGCUGAGAAAAAACAUACAGAAUCAAAAAAAAAAUUUACUGCUCUUGAGACAGAACAAAAAGAGGAUAUAAAAAGACUCAAGAUAGAAGAUUCUCCUCAACAAAAACAGUUAGAAUAUGAAAAGGCUAAAUCAGGUUGUCGUACUCAAUUGAUAGAACAUUAUCGCAGUGACGUACUUAAAGUAUCAGCAAUACCUUUACAACCAGAUGAGGAAAAUUAUAAUUUCAGUGACGUUUAUAUUAGACCCACUAUAACAAGCAAGAUAGAAAAGAAUAGAGGGGAGUCUGAGGAAAAAGAAAUAGAGUCUGAGGAAAAAGAAAUAGAGUCCAUGUCAGAGAUUUUCACAAAGAACGGGGAUCCACAGAAAUUUAUUUAUGUUGUUGGAGAUGCAGGGUCUAGUAAGAGUAGUUUCUGUAAAUAUUUGAUCAACUGUUGGUGUAUGGCACACAGUGAUGGACACAAUGAAAAUGAUGAGUUUGAAGGAGUCAAGGAAAUGAAGGAAUUUGAUUUCAUGUUUUAUAUUUCUCUUAGACAUAACAUAAAUAUCCGAAGUAUCCAGGAAAUGCUUGAAAUGCGAUAUGAUAAGAUAAAAAAUUUAAGUAAACUUCUGGAAAAUGAUUCUGAAAAGAUAAUUAUUUUGCUUGAUGGUUUAGAUGAAUGGUCUUUUGACAGUGAGACUAGGAAUGAGUUCCAGGCAGGCCUUCCGGAACGUGACUUUACAAAGAAAUACACCAUUGUUACUACAUCACGGCCAUGGAAAAUUCACAGUUUGAGAGUAAGUAAAAGAGAGAUUCAUCAAUUAUUGAAAUUAAAAGGGUUUGAUAAAACACAUGAAAAAGAAAUGAUUAAGAAAACAAUAACAGCAUUGAACGAAUCAUUAGAUCCUAAUGUGUGUGAACAAAAGCUUAAGGUACAGUCUCUGGUUGGCCUGAAACAGGUACCAAUUAUGCUGCAGCAAUUGAUUUGUCUAUGGUGUGAUGGUAAACUCGAUAAAACCUCAAGGUGUGCUAUUUAUACUGGUAUGUUAGAACUUUAUUUCACCUGGAAUAUCAAUAAAACUUUAGGAAAUAAUACAGAAUGUAUGGAAAGUUCUCAGAAUGUUAAACUCCCUCAGUAUUUAACAGAUGUAGAGAUAUGUAGAUUAAAUAGUCAUCUUAUAUAUGGUGUGUCACGCUUGGCUUAUGAGACAUUGUUCAAUUAUCCUAAGGAUAAGUCCUUAACAUUUGACAAAUCUGUGUUUGAUGAUUUAAAAAUAUCACAAGAUGUGCGACAAACAUGUCUGAAACUGGGGAUUUUGACAGAAGAUAAAUGUCCUUCUUUUUCUGUAUCCAAACCUAAAAGCUCAUUGUUCUCUUUCAUUCACAAAUCAAUGCAAGAAUUUCUGGCUGCAGUGAAUAUUGGUAUAAAUUUCAAUGCAAAAAUGUGUUCAUCAGAUAGUACAGGAAAUGUUGAAUUAGUCAAAAAGUUUAUUUGUGAGGUUUUUCGGAAUUGUUCAACAGUAAAUGACAUAUUAGAGCAGUCAAAUGUCAUCAUUAUGCUAUAUGGUCUAGGAUCUAGAUUAGCAACUCAUGUUUCAAAAUACAUAUAUGAUACUGUGUGAGAAGACUCUCG